CCGUUGUGUUCCCGCCGAAAUCCGCGCCAAAACAGUGUUGUACUGUUCGUUUAUGUAGAUACAUUAUUUCAAGAAUGAUAAGGUGCUUUUUAAAUAAUUCUUAGACUAAAUUAACAAGGAGAAAAGAGAGUUGUAGAAAGAAUGAGUAAUUUUCGAUCUUCAAUGCGAUACAUUUCUCCUAAUGCAAGAGUUUUGACUGCCAAACCUCAAGUGGAACAAACGCUUGAUAUAAGACAAACUCAAAAUAAAGCAAGAAAUAGUAUUACCUGGUUUUUCAUCAACAGUUCUUUACUUGGAAUCCUCGUCUUUGACAUAGUAUAUGGAGGUGCAACAUAUGAACCAUUCUGUUGGGCUGAGUGGUGUUUGGCCUUGAUAUUUGCAUUAAAUGCUGUUUAUCAUAUAACAAAAUAUAUAUGGGCAAAUUUUUCUCUGCGGCCAAUUCUGCUGAAUCCUAAGCAAAGAUACCUAUUAGGUAUAUCAGAGGAUGACUCUCUUUUUAAAAAUGAGAGACCAUCGUCUCCAAAAACUUCUGAGCCACCGGUCUCAUUAAAUUUAUCAUGCAUUAGCCUCAAUAGGAGAAUGACCUCACUUGGGUCCACAGGAUUAAGCGAAUCUAAGGACUUUUCAUCGCCGAAUCAGUUUUUUAAGUAUGGUAGCCCUACAUCACAAAAGUCAGUAUCUAGUCCCAAUGGAUCUUUGAAUAAAUCUCUCAAUAUUUCGGCAAAUGGAAAUUUGACAAGUGAAGAUUUGAUACAAAAUGAGAGAGAACUAAAGAAUUACUUGGAGGAAGCUCACCAAAAAAAACACGUUUUAUCAACGGAUAUUGAUCAGCCUUCCAAUUUGCUUAGCUCAUUUUGGUCGCAUCCAGCGAUUAGAAGCCCUGGGGAAGUUUCUCCAUUGUUAAGAAGAUGUGCAUACCAAUUAGCGCCCAUUAUUGAUAAAUCAGCUAGUCCCGGGAGCGAAGAGGGCAAUUCACCUAGGGGUAUAUUCGGCGCCCCGGAUGUUUGGAGAAAAUAUAGAAUCGAUCCAAUUAAAGUUAACGAAUGGACAGCUAAUCUUCGCAUGUGGAUUAGCAAAACAGUUAUUGAACGUGUAGCAACCGAAAUUGAUAAUGUUUGUUUGGCAUUGGUCCGUCAUGGUUUAAGCGAUUCCCAAUUAGGAUGUGUUGGAUUGCAUAGAUUAAGAAAACUUGCCCAAGCACCGUUUUUAGUAUUUGCUAUUCCUACUUUACCAACUUUAGUACCUUUUCUAGAACUUUCUAACAAUCAGGAAUAUUUAAUUAAGAGAAUUAAAAUUCUUGCAAAAGGGGGUUCAAUGAGUGAAUUCAAGUGGAAUGGUGGAGGAUCUCAUAAUGGUAAAGAAUGGGAUUCUAGCUUACCAACCGAUUCAGCGAUAGUUAUGCACUUGGUAUCAACGUAUAUGGAUACACAAUUGGAAGCCCCUUUAGAUCAACCCGAUGCACGACCAUUUACAUCGAGGUAUAUGGCUAGAUCAGGAAUAACUUUACCACGUAGCAAAGGUCCUGUGAUAGUAUGCCAAUCUAUAAAUCCACCGCAUUACAGUUUGGCACAUACUGGAGAUUCAUUGCCUAGCGAUUAUGAGGAAAUACAACGUGGUAGGAACAACUUAUUUCAUACACUCCUGUUAUUUUUAUACAUUGUUAAGACAAGAGAUCACGGUAUGUUAGGCCGUGUUAAUUUGGGUACAUCGGGUAUAAACGUUUUAUGGGUAAUCGAUGGUUGAAUAUCUGAUACCCUAACAAGUGAUAAAAUUACACCGCGAAUAUUCGACUACAUAUCAUUUUUUUUCUUUUUCUUAUUAUAUUUCUUUUUAACAGUUUGUUUGUACCUUUAUUGUACAUUUAUCUUAUUUAAAUUAAAAAUAUUUUACGCGCGUAUGUGUGUACCAACAGAAGGAGCAGAAAUUUAUUAUAAUCGUUUUGAUACUACGAAUAUAUUUUAUUCACAGUACUUAAGUAUAUGUACAAAUAAAUCAUAAAUCACGAUCCGCAUACAUUAAAAAUAAAAUUUUAAUAUAUUGUUGAA